CCACGCCAUUUCUCAGAUGAACUAGCUUGCUUCCUCCUUCCUCCUUCCUCCGUCCCACAUGGCUUCCAGCUUUCAAUACCUCGUCCUUUUUCUGCUCUUUAUUGCUCCUUCUUCAUGUUUUGCUCAAUCCUCUUUCAGGCCCAAGGCCCUUGUAAUUCCCGUCACUAAAGAUGCCUCCACUCUCCAGUACGUUACUCAAAUUCACCAGAGAACCCCACUCGUCCCCGUGAACCUCGUCCUUGAUCUCGGCGGCCAAUUCCUCUGGGUCGAUUGCGACCAGAACUACACCUCCUCCACCUACCGCCCUGCACGCUGCAACUCCGCCCAGUGCUCCCUCGCCGACGCCUCCGGAUGCGGCGAAUGCUUUUCGCCUCCCAGGCCAGGCUGUAAUAACAACACCUGCGGCGUAAUGCCGGACAACACCGUUACCCGCACCGCCACCGGCGGCGAGGUCGCCCAAGACGUCGUGUCCCUCCAGUCCACGAACGGAUUCAACCCUGGUCGAAAUGUCACCGUUUCCCGCUUCAUAUUCUCAUGUGCACCCACUUUCUUAUUGAACGGCCUCGCCAGAGGAGUAUUGGGCAUGGCCGGUCUUGGUAGAACCAAAAUCGCUUUUCCUUCUCAAUUCGCCUCCGCUUUUAGCUUUCACAGGAAAUUCGCCAUUUGCCUCGCGUCCAGUUCGAAAGGUGUUGUUUUCUUUGGAGACGGCCCCUACGUUUUUCUUCCGAACGUGAACGCCGCUCAAUCGCUCACUUACACACCACUCAUCGUCAACCCAGUAAGCACAGCUUCCGCUUUCACACAGGGACAGCCCUCGUCUGAGUACUUCAUCGGAGUCAAAUCCAUCAAUAUCGACCAAAAAGUUGUGCCCAACAUCAACAGCACUUUGCUGUCCAUCAACAAGGAAGGCUUUGGCGGGACUAAGAUAAGUACGGUGAACCCAUACACAGUUUUGGAGGCCUCGACCUUCAAGGCGGUGACAGAGGCAUUUAUCAAUGCUUCGGCUGCUAGGAACAUCACCAGGGUAGGUGGUGUGGCUCCCUUCGAAGUGUGCUUCGGUAGAGACAACGUGGGAAGCACGCGGCUGGGUGCGGCGGUGCCGACCAUCGAGCUUGUGCUGAAGAAUAACGUGAGUUGGUUCAUUUUUGGAGCGAACUCGAUGGUGCAGGUGAGCAACGAUGUGCUGUGUCUUGGAGUAGUGAAUGGAGGUGACAACCCGAGGACUUCAAUUGUGAUAGGAGGGUAUCAGUUGGAGAACAAUCUUCUGCAGUUUGAUUUGGCUUCUUCUAGAUUGGGAUUCAGCUCUCUGCUCUUUGGAAGGAUGACCACGUGUGCAAACUUCAACUUCACCUCCGCCCCAUGAACCGCCCUUCUCCGCCACCAUCAGAAUUCGGACUUUGAAUAACGCGCAUACGGAUAUAUCUUCCUCUUUCUUGACAUCACAAUAAAUAGACUUACUGUCAAUAGUUGUCUACUCUCCGUACCCCACGGCUUAAAUGGGAAGGAGUAAUAAGAAUGAAUUUUCGGAUAGUUAAAUUAUUGAUACUAUCUUAAAAGAAUAAACUUCUUUAAUUCA